GGGGCGUGGCAGGGCUUACUCGCGGGCUGCCUGGGGCUCACCGAGCCCAGGAACGCGAGUUUGCGGGGUGUGGAACGCGAAAUCCUGGGGUGGGGGCGGUCGGGUGCAAGAGAUGGCGGCGCGAUGGAGCAGCGAGAACGUGGUGGUGGAGUUCCGUGACUCCCAGGCAACGGCGAUGUCUGUGGACUGUCUGGGACAGCAUGCUGUGCUUUCCGGCCGCCGAUUCUUAUACAUCGUUAAUCUAGAUGCCCCUUUCGAAGGUCACCGAAAGAUCUCUCGCCAGAGCAAAUGGGACAUUGGAGCCGUGCAGUGGAACCCUCAUGACAGCUUCGCACACUACUUUGCAGCCUCGAGUAACCAGCGGGUCGACCUUUAUAAGUGGAAAGAUGGCAGCGGGGAAGUCGGCACCACCCUACAAGGCCACACUCGUGUCAUCAGUGACUUGGAUUGGGCCGUGUUUGAGCCGGAUCUCCUGGUUACCAGCUCCGUGGACACCUACAUCUACAUUUGGGAUAUCAAAGACACAAGGAAGCCCACGGUUGCACUGUCUGCUGUAGCCGGUGCCUCACAGGUCAAAUGGAAUAAAAAAAAUGCUAAUUGCCUCGCCACCAGUCAUGACGGGGAUGUGCGGAUAUGGGACAAGCGGAAACCCAGCACGGCAGUGGAGUAUCUCGCAGCACACCUCUCCAAGAUCCAUGGCCUGGACUGGCACCCAGACAUUGAGCACAUUCUUGCUACCUCCAGUCAGGACAACUCUGUCAAGUUCUGGGAUUACCGCCAGCCUCGGAAAUACCUCAGUAUUCUCCCUUGCCAGGUGCCUGUCUGGAAGGCCAGAUACACUCCUUUCAGCAAUGGAUUGGUGACUGUGAUGGUCCCUCAGCUUCGGAGGGAAAACAGCCUUCUUUUGUGGAACGUCUUUGACUUGAACACCCCCGUCCAUACCUUUGUGGGGCACGAUGACGUGGUGCUGGAGUUCCAGUGGAGGAAGCAGAAGGAGGGGUCCAAGGACUACCAGCUGGUUACGUGGUCACGGGAUCAGACCUUGAGGAUGUGGCGGGUGGAUUCCCAGAUGCAGAGGCUUUGUGCAAAUGACAUACUAGAUGGUGUCGAUGAGUUCAUUGAGAGCAUUUCUCUUCUGCCGGAACCAGAGAAGACCCUGCACGUUCAAGAUACAGAUCACCAGCACAACCUGAGCCACGGGGAGGAGGAAGUCUUAAAGGAAGACCCCCCGAGCAGUAUCCUGGAAGAGAAGAAAUCGGAGCAGCCGGGGCUCCCGCAGACUCUGCAGCAGGAGUUCUCCCUGAUCAACGUGCAGAUCCGGAACGUCAAUGUGGAGAUGGAUGCGGCGGACAGGAGCUGCACGGUGUCUGUGCACUGCAGCAGCCACCGUGUCAAGAUGCUGGUGAAAUUCCCCGCACAGUACCCCAACAACGCUGCCCCUUCCUUCCAGUUUAUCAACCCUACAACCAUCACAUCCACGAUGAAAGCGAAGCUGCUAAAGAUCCUGAAAGACACUUCUCUGCAAAAAGUGAAACGAAACCAGAGUUGUUUGGAGCCCUGCCUGCGCCAGCUCGUCUCCUGCCUGGAGUCUUUUGUGAACCAAGAAGACAGCACUUCCAGCAACCCCUUUGCACUCCCAAACUCCGUCCCUCCACCCUUACCAACGUUUGCCCGGGUGACCACUGCCUACGGGUCGUACCAGGAUGCCAAUAUUCCCUUCCCUAGGACCUCGGGGGCCAGGUUCUGCGGAGCAGGGUAUCUGGUGUAUUUCACAAGGCCAAUGACGAUGCAUCGAGCAGUGUCUCCAACAGAACCUACUCCGAGGUCUCUGUCAGCCUUGUCUGCUUAUCAUACUGGCUUGAUUGCGCCCAUGAAGAUCCGCACAGAAGCCCCUGGGAACCUUCGUUUAUACAGUGGGAGCCCCACUCGCAGUGAGAAGGAGCAGGUCUCCAUCAGCUCCUUCUACUACAAGGAGCGGAUGUCUCCUCGCUCUGCCCGGCGACGUUGGUCCAUACAAGCAAUUAACGACUUCCCGAAAUCCAGGAGGUGGAAAAGCAAGCGUGAGGGGUCAGACUCUGGCAAUCGACCGAUCAAGGCUGCCGGGAAAGUUAUCAUCCAGGACACUGCAUGCCUUCUUCCAGUUCACAAAUCACUGGGGGAACUGUACAUAUUAAAUGUGAAUGAUAUUCAAGAAACAUGCCAGAAGAAUGCCACUUCUGCCUUGCUUGUUGGAAGGAAGGACCUUGUCCAGGUUUGGUCGCUGGCUACAGUCGCUACGGAUCUUUGCCUUGGUCCCAAGUCUGACCCAGAUUUGGAAACACCCUGGGCUCGACAUCCAUUUGGGCGACAGCUGCUGGAGUCUCUGUUGGCUCACUACUGCCGACUCCGGGACGUCCAGACAUUGGCCAUGCUCUGCAGCGUGUUCGAAGCCCAGUCUCGGCCUCAGGGAAUACCAAACCCCUUCGGACCCUUUCCCGGCCGGUCGUCUAACCUUGUGGUGUCCCACAGCCGAUACCCCAGCUUCACGUCCUCGGGCUCCUGCUCAAGCAUGUCAGACCCAGGGCUCAACACCGGUGGCUGGAACAUAGCGGGAAGAGAGGCAGAACAUGUCUCCUCACCUUGGGGAGAGUCUUCUCCAGAAGAAAUCCGCUUUGGGAGUCUUACCUACAGUGACCCCCGUGAACGAGAACGUGAUCAGCAUGAUAAAAAUAAAAGGCUUCUGGACCCCGCCAAUACCCAGCAAUUUGAUGACUUUAAGAAAUGCUAUGGGGAAAUCCUCUAUCGCUGGGGUCUGAGAGAGAAACGAGCUGAAGUGCUGAAGUUUGUCUCUUGUCCUCCUGAUCCUCACAAAGGCAUUGAGUUCGGUGUGUACUGCAGCCACUGCCGGAGCGAGGUCCGCGGCACACAGUGUGCCAUCUGCAAAGGCUUCACAUUCCAGUGUGCCAUCUGCCACGUGGCGGUACGAGGAUCAUCCAAUUUCUGCCUGACCUGCGGGCAUGGUGGGCACACCAGCCACAUGAUGGAGUGGUUUCGGACCCAGGAGGUGUGUCCCACCGGGUGUGGAUGUCACUGCCUGCUUGAAAGCACAUUCUGAAUUUAUGGACCAGGGAAGUUGUCGCCAAUCCCAGAGGACUCCAUGAAUGUUGGAUGACAAGCUCUUCACCAGAAGGGAGGCUCCAGCAAGCCAUUCCCAACCAGACUGGAGCACGUACCCCUCAAAGACUGCCACCGCACCACCACUGCAAUAGAAAAGUACACGAGCUUUUGCUUCUUUUCCGUUUGGCUGUUGGUGGCAUAGAGGUCACCGGGAAGGAGGGGACAGAUGUGCAGAGCCAUGGAGCCAGGUGGAAAUCUUCCUGAAGAAAAGCACCUGCCUCCAGAGCCGUGUUUACCUUCAAGGUGUGAACCUUAAACCACUGAACAGCAUCCUUUCUGAAGUCAUUUCAGACCAAGGUUGGAUACAAAGAAUGGUCUCCUGAGCCAAAGGACAGUGUACAUUAACUCAGUUGAUAAGGGAGUCUGUGAUACAAGUUGGUACGUUUCAAUGAAUUGAUGGAUAGUAGCCUUUUAAAAGUGACACUUAAAUUAUAAAUACAUGAUGUAAAGGACCGUAAAGAUGUAUCUUAUGUUUGUUAUUUCUCUUCAAGCUGCUCUCCCUUGGCUAAUAAAAGUCAGGUCAUUGUUUGGGGAAUUAAAAAAAGGAGAUGAUUGAACAGUGUUUUAAUGAAAUUGUUUUUAAUUUUUUUUCUAAUGAAGUUAACUCCUUGGGAUAGGACCAAAGUCAGUGCUCAGAUUUUCAAAGGAAUGCUGAUUUACUCUUGUCAUUGGUUGGGAUAAAAUAGAAUUUGAUAUUUUAAGUUUCCAAUUCCAAGAGUUUUUUGUUUUUUAAGAUUUAUUCAUUUAUUUUAGAGAGAGAGCACAGGGCUGGUGUGGAGGGGUGAGGAGGAGGAAAAGGGAGAGAGAAUCUUCAGCAGACUCUGCAUUGAGCACAAAGCCUGAUGUGGGGCUUGAUCCCAUAACCCUGAGGUCAUGACCUGAGCCAAAACAAAGAGUUGGAUGCUCAAAUGGCUACACCCCACCAGGAGCCCAAUCCCGGAAGUCUUUUAAUCAUUUCAUUUAGCAAAAGGAAAAUGAGCUGGCUUCACGGCAUUGAUACUCCAGUCUCUUAUUGCCACUGGGCAGGUUGGCUGAAUUCUCCUAAGUUCCUACCACUCUUCAUUUGGGCUCCCUCACAGACUUUCUGUUUUUUGUUUAUCUGCAUUCCAAGUGGCUGUGACUCAGAUGUCCACCUGUUUUAUUCUUCAGAAUGAUUUCCAACUCUUCACAUAUUAUAUGUGCCAGGAAAGAGAAAUAUUUUUCAUAUUUCUACUGGAAUAUGUAUUUGUUUCUUAGAAUUUUACAGUUCCAAGUGGAUUAACUUAAGAAAUAUAAGUAUGUGUCUCAAAAUGUGUUGUACAUCCCUGUUUUAAACUAUAGAUCAGGACCCAGUAAUGGAUUGUGAAAUCAAUUUAGUAUAUAAAAACCAGCACUAGGGGCGCCUCAGUGGCUCAGUGGGUUAAAGCCUCUGCUUUCGCUGAGGACAUGAUCCCAGGGUCCUGGGAUCGAGCCCCGCAUUGGGCUCUCUGAUCAGCAGGGAGCCUGCUUCCUCCUCUCUCUCUGUCUGCCUCUCCACCUGCUUGUGGUCUCUGUCUGUCAAAUACAUAAAUAAAAUCUUAAAAAAAAAAGCAUUAAAAAAAUGAAAUAGAGUAGAGGAGAAAUGAUGAGCAUGUACCAUAAAAAGGAUAAAUACCAUUUUGUGUGACCUGUUUAUGAGUGUAUAUGUACACAUUCACAUAUAUGUAUAAUGGAUUACAGUGUAAACUCAUUUCUUACUGAGAAUUUUGAGGCGAAGAUCCAUUCAUAUGUUACCUACAAGUGACUCAUUUUAGACCUAAAGGUCAAGCCCUGCAUUGGGCUCCACACUGAGCAUGGAGUCUGCUUGAGAUUCUCUCUCCAUCUUCUUCUGCCCGUCCCUCUGCUCUCUUUCUCUCAAAUAAAUAAAUAAAUCUUAAAAAAAAAAAAAAAGGGCACUAUAUAAUAAUAAAGGGGAUAAUCCAACAGGAAGGUAUAACAAUUGUAAAUAUGUGUACAUCCAACAUGGGAGUACUCAGAUACAUAAAACAAUACUAACAAACAUAAAGGAACUAGUCUAUGAUUAUAAUACAUUAAUAGUAGGGGACUUUAACCUCCCUAUUAUAUCAAUGGAGACAGGUCACCUAAACAGAAAACCAACAAGGAAACACUGGCUUUGAAUAACACACUGGUCCAGAUGGACUUGGCAGAUAUAUUCAGAACAUUUCAUCCUAAAACAACAGAAUAUACAUACUUUUCAAGUGCAUAUGGAACAUUAUCCAGAAUAGAUCACAUAUGAGGCCACAAAACAGGUCUCAACAAAUACAAGAAGAUUGAAGUCAUCCCAUGCACCUUUUUUGGCCACAGAGCUGUGAAACCAGAAGUCAACCACAAGAAAAUAUCUGGAAAUACCAAAAAUACAUGGAGGUUAAAUAAGAUGCUACUAAACAAUGGAUGGGUCCACCUGGCAAUAAAAGAAGAAAUUUUUAAAAAUACAUGAAAAUGAAAACACACUUGUCCAAAACCUUUGGGGUACUGCAAAAGUGGUCUUAAGAGGAAAUAGAUAGUAAUACAGGCCUAUCUCGAGCAAGAAAAAUCUUAAAUAAACAACACAACCUUCAACUAAAGGAGCUAGAAAAGAGCUACAAACAAAGCCUAAAGCUAGCAGAAGGAAGGAAAUAAAGAUCAGAGCAGAAAUAAAUGAUACCGGGGCGCCUGGGUGGCUCAUUUGUUAAGCAUCUGCCUUCCGUUCAGGUCAUGAUCCCAGGCUCAUGGGAUAGAGCCCAGAUCGGGCUCCCUGCUAGGUGGGAAGCCUGCUUCUUCCUCUCCCAUUCCCCCUGCUUGUAUUCUCUCUCUCACUGUGUCUCUCUCUGUCAAAUAAAAUCUUUAAAGAAAUGAUACAGAAACCAAGAAAAGGAAAAAAAAAUAGAACAGAUCAGUGAAACCAGAAGCUGGUUCUUUGAAAAAAUUAAUAAAACUGAUAUGCCUUUAGUGAGAUUUAUUAAAAAGAAACAAAAAGUACCCAAAUAAAUCACAAAUUAGGAGAAAUAACGAAUAGAACAGAAAUACAAUUACAACAGAAUAUUAUGAAAAGCUAUAUGCCAACAAAUUGGACAACCAAGAAGAAAUGGGUAAAUACCUAGAGUCAUAUAAAUUACCAAAACUGAAACAGGAAGAAAUAGGAAACUGACUGAUUACCAGCAAAGGAACUGAAUCAAUAAUCAAGAAACUCCAGCAAAUAAAAGUCCAGGACCAAGUGGCUUCACAGGCAAAUUCUACCAAACAUUUAAAGAAGAGUUAAUACCGACUCCUCAAGCUAUUCCAAAAAAUAGAAAAGGAAGGAAAACUUCCAAAUUCAUUCAAUGAGGACAGCAUUAUCCUGAUCUCAGAACUAGAUAAAGACGCCCCUAAAAAAGAGAACUACAUCCUGAUGAAUAUAGAUGCAAAAAUUCUCAAUAAAAUACUAGCAAACCAAAUCCAAGAAUACAUUUUUAAAAAUCUUCCACCACAAUCAAGUGGGAUUUAUUUGUGGCUUGCAAAGGUAGUUGUAUAUGCAAAUCAAUGUGAUAUACCACACUAAUAAAAGAAAGGGUAAGAACCAUGUGAUGAUCACUUCAGUAGAUGCAGAAAAAAAUUUGACGAAGUACAACAUCCAUUCAUGAUAAAAAAAAAAAACCCUCAAUAAAGUAAAUUUAGGGGGAUCAUACCUCAACAUAUAAAGGCCACAUAUGAAAAACCCACAACUAAUAUCCUAAAUGGCAGGGGGGAACCGAGAACUUUAUGGUCAGAAACAAGACAGGAUUGUCCAUUCUCACCACUUUUAUUCAACAUAGUACUAGAAGUCCUAGUGACAGCAAUCAGACAACAAAAAAACAUAAAAGGCAACCAAAUCAAUAAGAAAGAAGUAAAAUUUUCACUGUUCACAGAUGACAUGAUGCUCUAUAUAGAUACCCUAAAGACUCCACCAAAAAACCUGCUAGAACCGAUAAACAAAUUCAGUAAAGUCUCAGGAUAAAAAAUCAACAUAUAGAAAUCUGUUGCUUUUCUCUACACCAACAGUGAAGUAGCAGAAAGAGAAAUUAAGGAAUCAGUCCCGUUUAUAGUUACACCCCAAACAAAAAGAUGCCUAGGAAUAUCCCCAACAAAAGAGGUGAAAUAUCUAUACUCUGAAGACUACAAAGUGCUGAUGAAGAGAUUCAAGACACUGUUUGUCGUGGCACCUCAGAGGUGGUCAGGUGAAGCUGAACAUCUCUUUCCCAGCUACUGGCUGUGAGGAACUCAUUGAAGUGGAUGAUGAAUGGAAAUUUCAUACGUGUUAUGAGAAGCGUGUGGCCAAAGAUGUUGCUGCUGAUGUCCUGGGUGAAGAAUGGAAGGGUAUAUGUUCCAGAUCAGUGGUGGCAAUGUCAAACAACACUUCCCCAAGAAACAGCAUGUCUUGACCCAAGGCUGUGUCUGCGUGCUGCUGAGUAAGGAGCAUUCCUGCUACAGGCCAAGGAGGACUGGAGAAAGAAAGUGCCAAUCUCAGUGUUUUCAAUUUGGUCAUUGUUCAAAAAAAAGAAAAAAAAAAAGGGAAGAAGGAUAAUCCUGGACUCACUGAUACUACUGUGUCUCGUUGCCCAGGACCCAAAAGAGCUAGCAGAAUCUCAAACUUUUCAGUCUCUCUAAAGAAGAUGAUGACCACCAGUAUGUUUUGAGGAAGCCCCUGAACAAAUGUGCUCAGGAUUCAGCAUCUUGUUAUUCUAUGUGUCCUCCAACACUGAGCCACCCAGGCUCACCUGGGACACUUUCUAACACCAUACAAAAUGGAUUAAAGACCUAAAUAUGAGACCUGAAAGAGAGUAACCUCUUUGACAUUGGCUAUCAAAACUUCUUUCCAAAUAUGUCUCCUGAGGCAAGGGAAACAAAAGCAAUAAUAAACUAUUGAGGGACACCUGGGUGGCUCAGUGGGUUAAAGCCUCUGUCUUUGGCUCAGGUCAUGAUCCCAGGGUCCUGGGAUCAAGCCCCGAAUUGAGCUCUCUGUUCAGCAGGAAGCCUGCUUCCUCCUUUCUCUCUCUCUGCCUGCCUCUCUGUCUACUUGUCAUCUCUGUAUGUCAAAUAAAUAAAUAAAAUCUUAAAAAAAAUAAACUGUUAAGAUUACAUCAAAAUUAAAAGCUUCUGCACAGUGAAUGAAGCCAUCAAAAAAACUAGAAGUCAACCUAUGGAAUGGGAGAAGAUAUUUGUAAAUGACAUAUCUGAUAAAGGGUUAGUAUCCAAAAUACAUGAAGAUCUUAUAAAACUCACUCCCCAGGGACCUCUGGGUAGCUCAGUUAAGUGUCGAAAUUUUGAUCUCAGCUCAGGUCUUAAUUUCAGGGUUGUGAGUUCAAGCCCCUCAUUGGGCUCCAUGCCCAGCAUGGAGUCUACUAAAGAACCAAAAGAAAACAAAACGCCCCCAAAAUGAAUAAUUCAAUUUAAAAUGGUCAGAAGACAUGAACAGACAUUUGACAUACAGUUGGUCAAAAGACACAUGAAAAGAUGCUCAACACCUCUUAUCAGGGAAAUGCAAAUCAAAGCUGCAAUGAUAUAUCACCUUACAUUUGUCAGAAUGGCUGAAAUCCACAACAGAAGAAUCAACAGGUGUUGGAGGAUGUGGAGGAAGAGGAACUCUCUUGCACUGUUGGUGGGAAUGCAAACUGGUGCAGCCACCAUGGAAACAAUAUGGGGGUUCCUCAGAACACUAAACAUAGAACUACCCUACAAUGCAGCAAUUUCACUACUAGGUAUUUACCCAAAGAAUACAAAAUAUUUAUUCAGAGGGAUACAUGCACCUCAGUGUUUAUAGCAGCAUUAUCCACAAUAGCCAAAUUAUGGAAACAACCCAAGUAUCCACUGAUUGAUGAAUGGAUAAAGAUGAUGUGAGAUAUAUAUACGUGUGUGUGUGUAUAUAAAUGGACUAUUACUCAGCCAUAAAAAAGAAUGAAAUCUUGCCAUUUGCAAUGACAUGGAUGGAGCUAGAGAGUAUUACACUGAGCAAAAUAAGUCAGUGAGAGAAAAAUAAAUGCCAUAUGAUCUCAUUCAUAUGUGGAAUUUAAGAAACAAAACCAAAAAGCAAAGGUAAAAAAAUGAGAGAGGAAGAGAAAGAGGGAGAUAGACUGCACAUCAAGAAACAAACUUUUAAGUAUAGAGAACAAAUUGAUGGUUACCAGAAGUGAGGUGGGUUGGGGGAUAAGUUAAAUAGGUGGUGGGGAUUAAGGAAUGCACUUGUUAUGAUGAGCACUGGGUGAUAUAUUAAAGUGUUGAAUAAAAAAAAAAAAUGAAGUAGACUUGAACUCUUUUAAGAAAAAAAAAAUUGAAGUAGAGUUGACACACAGUAUUACAUUAGUUUCAGUUGUACAACAUAGUGAUUCAACAACUCGAUAGGUUAUGCUAUGCUCAGAUCCUUCCCACAAUUAUAGCUGCUAUCUGUCAUCCUAUAGGCUAUUACAAUACCAGUGACUAUAUUCCCAAGGCUGUGCCUUUAUCUCCAUGACUUACUCAUUGCAUAACUGAAAACCUGUACCUCCCACUCCCCUUCACCCAUGUUGCCCAAGUCUCCACUCCUCCACUUCUGGUAACAAUCAACAUGUUCUCUGUAAUUAUGGGUCUGUUUCUGCUUUUUUGUUGUUGUUGUUCUUAUGUUUGAUUUUCUAAAUUCCUCAUCUCAUGUGGUUUUAUUACAUCUUCUUUAUCCAUUCAUCUAUGGAUGGGCACUUGGAUUUGUGUAUAACAUCUUCCAUGUCUUGGAUAUUGUAAAUAAUGCUACAUAAACAUGUAUCUUUUCAGGUUAGCAUUUUUGUUUUCUUUGGGUAAAUACUGAGUAGUGGAAUUACCAGAUAAUAUGGUAUUCAUAUGGUAUUUCUAUUUUUAAUUUUUGGGGGGAAUCUACUGUUGUCCACAGUGGCUGUACCAAUUUACAUUCCCACCAACAGUGCAUGAGACUUCCUUUUCUGCCACACCCUUGCCAACACUUGUUAUUUUUUGUCUUUUUUAUUCUAGCCAUUCUAACAGGUGUAAGGGGAUAUCUCAUUGUAGUUUUGAUUUGUAUUUCUCUGAUGAUUAGUGAUGUUGAACAUCUUUUCAUGUGUCUGCUGGCUAUCUGUAUGUCUUUGGAAAGAUGCCUAUUCAGGUACUCUGCCCCUUUUUAUUUGGAUGAUUUGUAUUUUUGAUGUUGAGUUGUAUAUGUCUUUGUAUAUUUUGGAUAGGAACCCCUGAUCAGAUAUACUAUUUGCGUAUAUUUUCUCCCAUUCCAUAUGCCAUUUCAUUUUAUUGAUAAUUUCCUUGCUGCACAAAAGCUUUUUAUUUGAUGUAGUCCCAAUAGUUUACUUUUGCUUUUGUUUUCCUUGCCUUAUGAGACAUAUCUAGAAAAAUGUUGUGACAGUCAAUAUCAAAUAAAUUAUUUCCAAUGUUUUCUUCUAGGAGUUUUAUAGUUUCAUGUCCUACAUUUAGGUCUGUAAUCCAUUUUGAGUUUAUUUGUGUGUGUGUGUAUGUAAGAAAGUUAAUCAGUCCACUUUUAUAACUAUUUUUAUUUUUCAGUUAAUCUUUUUAAGCUGUUGAUCCAUUUUUGAAAAACAGAGAUAUGCUAUACAUACCAGUAAAUAGUGAAAAUGCAAAUUUAAUAGACAUCACACUCAUUUGAUAGACAAAAUGAAAUGGCCAACACAAUUUUAUAUGCACAUAUGCAGUCUUUGGGAAUAUCAUUAAGAACAUACUAAUUAAAAAAUGAGAUGUUUAUUAAAAUUGUAGUUAAUGUUAUGUGUCAAAUUUGAGGAAACAUAUACACAUACCAAAUUAUCUUUUUCCCCUGGAGGGCUUGACUUGCAGACCAAUUAGGAACACCCGUGAUUUGAGGAUCUUACUUGAGAAAUAACUGCUGUAGAUGAUGGGGAGCCUUCGAGGGAGGUUAAACGGGAGACCGACAGGUCAGGUCUUAGUUUGACCAUGUGCAAAUUAGAGGUGAAGAGAUGGUGGAAAGGGACAUUGGUUAGAAGUCUAUUUCUGUGUCUUAAUUAGGACAGCAACAGUGGGAAUACAGACUCUAAGGCAAAAGGAGAUGAAAACCAUCUCUUUGGGAAAAAUGUGUGGUCAGCCUUGGUACUACUUCCCAGGAUGAGAGAGCAGCUGUCGCUAAGAACAAGCACAGGGAGCUUAUACUUCCCUGAACCGCUGUUUUAUGGUGCCAGAAUUAUUAUUAUUAUUAUUAUUAUCAUUGCAUUUCAUGACUUUUUUUAGUUUUUCAUUUUUCUUUUUUAGAUUUCAUUUCUUGUUAUUUAUUAUUAAAGUGUAGUUGGCAUGCAAUGUUGUAUUAGUUUCACAUGCACAGCAUAGUGAUCUGACAAUUCUGUACAUUAUUCAGUGCUUGCCCUGGUAAGUGUAGUUACCAUCUGUCACCACAAAGUGUUAUUGCAGUAUUAUUGACUGAGUUCCCUCUGCUAUACUUUUCACCUUUGUGACUUACUUAUUUUAUAACUGAAAGUUUGUAGCCCUAAUCUCCUUCCUCUAUUUCACCCAUCUCCCCACCCACCUCCCCUCUGGUAGAAUUUGUUCUUUUAAUCUUUUUAUUUUUAGGUCAUUGUAGAUUCACAUAUGGUUCUAAGAAAUAAUACAAAGUAAUCUGGUGUCUUCUUCACUCAAUUUCUCCCUAGGGGAACAUCUUGGGUAAUUGUAAUAAAUAUCACAACCAGGAAGUUGACUUUGGUACUGUCCAUCAACCUUAUCCACCAAUUUUAGAUGCACUUGUGUAUGCGUGUGUGUUUAGCUUUCUGCAAUUUUAUCACAUCUAGAUUCAUGUAUCCACCACAACCACAGUCAGCAUAUAGAGUAGUGGUCCCUCAUGCUGCCCUGUGAUAGCCACUAUCACGGUCCCCCCAACACACACACACACACACACACACACCACCUCCUAAGCUCCUGGCAGCCACCAAUCUGUUUUCCAGAUCUGAGAUUGUGUAGUUUCCAGAACGUUCUAUAAAUGGAAUCAUACAGUGUAUAAUCUCUAGAGAUUGGCUCUUUUCAGUCAUUGUAAUUCCUUUGAGAUCCAGCCAAAUAGCUUUGUCCCUUUUUAUUCCUGAGUAUAUUCCAUGGUCUGGAUGGACCACAGUGUGCUUAACUGUUCACCUAUUAAAGGACAUUUGUGUUGUU